CAACUUCAAACGCGGCAACACGUGCACCCCAGACGCUCCAAACCGAAACGAAGCACCUCCAGCGUUCGUUAAGAAGUUCGAAGUUGUGAAAUAGUAACCGAACAGAAAAAAAAUCACAUUUAAAUUACGUAUUACCCCGAAAUAAAAACCCGAAAAAUCACAGACAUCAUGGAAGCAACAGCGAACAAAUCACCGCAGCAGCAGCAGCAGCAGCAGCAACAACAUCAGAAGAGCAGCAGCAGCAUCUCCACGUACCACUGCCUCGGCCUACUGAUUGUCGUGUUCGGAGUACUCUCGAUGCUGCUGGCAGGGAACUGUGUCAAUGGGCAAAUCGAUGGCUACAUUGCUGGCGAGGACUAUCCAGCGUACGAUGCGGUGCCCAAGGGUCUGGCCUUCAACUGCCAGGGACGCCAGCCAGGCUACUAUGCGGACACAGAGACGCGUUGUCAGGUGUGGCAUUGGUGCCUGCAUUCCGGCCAUCAGUACUCCUUCCUCUGCCCCAAUGGCACUGUCUUCAAUCAGGCCGUUCGUGUGUGCGAUUGGUGGUCGAAUGUGAACUGCGCCAGCUCCGAGCAGCUCUACCAGAACAACGAUGAGCUCUAUCGCGUCCCAGAGCGCAACCAGCAGCAGCAGCAGCAGCAGCAGCAGCAGAACGAUGUAUGAUAUGAGGCCGAUGAUGAGUAUAAGAUUGGGACAGCAAAUGGAACCAGAGAGCGGGGCGGCAGACAGCGGCAAUUUCAGCAAGCACAAUACAAUAGCAACAGCAACAGCAACACUAUCAACAGCAGUAGCAGCAGCAGCAGCAGCAAUAAUAGAAUCCUAGAUAGCAGCGACUACAAUAAAAUGACCAAAAAUAGUUUUAGAGGUAGCAUGAGAUACAGUACCAAUCCUCAAUCAACAUACUCAUCAUCACAGCAGCAGAAGCAACAGCAGCAGAAGCAGCAGCAACAGCAGCAGCAGCAACAACAGCAGCAGAAGGAGAAGCAGCAGCAGCAGCAGCAACAUAAUUCUAGUAAAAGUAAUAGCGAAAGGAAAUCAAAGCCUAGCAGUAGCAGUAAGCAGAAAAAUAGAGCUAACCAUAGUAGAGUAGAGAGCAACCAAACUAGAUCUAGGAAUCGCACACAUCACAACAGCAACAGCAACGGCAGCAACAGCAGCAGCAGCAGCAGCAACAAUCAGAAAAGGAAGAACAACAGCAGCAACAGCAACCAGAAAAAGAAGAACAACAGCAGCAGCAGCAGCAGUCCACGGGGCAUGCAACGCUACAACACAAAUCAAUUCGAAAACGAUGCAGAGCUCAAGGAUUACAAGAGCAAAAUCAAGAACAAAUACAACAUCGACUAUGAUCAUUCUUUGGAUGAAGAAUAUGAAAUAAUCGAAGCCAUUGAAUGAAUUAAUUUGGCUUGGCUUGGCUUGGCUGUACGCUGGUUGUUCUCAUUGUUUAACGCAAUUAAACAAUAACAGAAACCAAAAUUGGCGCCAACUUUGUGACCUCUGCUUUGGACUCUGUUCAAAUGUUUCCCAAAAUUAUCUUUUGUACAUACAUAUACAUAUAAAAACAAAACAUCCUUAUCAUUGUUAAAUACCAAUAACAUUU